AUGGCGGGAUUUAAUCAGUCCAAGGCAGACUACUCUCUAUUCACCAUGUCACAUGGCUCAUCUUUCACUGCUUUAUUGAUUUAUGUUGACGACAUUAUAAUUACAGGCAAUGAUCCAGCCUCCAUUAAAUCUCUCAUGGGAGUCCUUCAUGAAAAAUUUCGUAUCAAGGACCUAGGUGACCUUAAAUACUUUUUGGGCAUUGAAGUGUCAAGAUCCAAGCGUGGAAUUGUCAUCUCUCAACGAAAAUACACCUUGGAUAUUCUAAAAGAUGCUGGUCUUCUCGGAGCACGCCCAUAUGAUUUUCCCAUGGAGCAAAAGUUAAAGCUGACUCCAACUGAUGGUGAUUUGUUACAUGACCCUGCUCACUAUAGGAGACUUGUUGGGCGCCUCAUAUACCUUACUAUAACCAGGCCAGACAUUGUUUACUCAGUACAUACACUUAGCCAAUUCAUGCACCAACCACGCAAGCCACACCUUGAGGCAGUACUUCGAGUUUUGCGAUAUCUAAAGGGUUCACCCGGCCAAGGACUUUUGUUUCCUUCAGAAAACAACUUAAAGCUGACAGCCUUCUGUGACUCUGACUGGGCUAGCUGCCCAACUACAAGAAGAUCUACCACUGGGUAUUGUACCUUUCUCGGGGACGCACUAAUAUCAUGGAAAACAAAGAAGCAGAAUGUUGUCUCACGCUCUUCAGCCGAAGCCGAAUAUCGAGCCAUGGCACAUGCAACUUGUGAGAUAACUUGGUUGAGAUACUUGUUACAAGAUUUUCAAGUCAAUAUUCAAGAGCCCGCUGUUUUGCAUUGUGACAAUCAAGCUGCACUACACAUAGCAGCGAAUCCAGUUUUUCAUGAGCGUACAAAACAUAUCGAGUUGGACUGUCAUUUGGUACGAGAGAAAAUUCAAUCUGGGAUGAUUACUACUGCAUACACGCCUUCUUCCCACCAGUUGGCAGACAUCUUCACAAAACCACUUGGAAGAGAUUCCUUCAAUAUGAUUAUUCGCAAGUUAGGAGUUCUGAACCUUCACUCUCCAACUUGA